AAUCUGUCAAUAGUCCCGAGAAAUCCUCCUCGGACUCGUCCAAACGUAACGUUGUAAGAAAGGAUCGGAAUUCAACCGCUCGAUCGCUGCAAUCUCAAGGCGCAGAGUCGUGGUUUAGUCAACUAGCUGCUCGGUCAAACUCGAAUCCCAUCGUCUUCUUCGUUUUCAGAAUUGUUUGAACGAUUAUCACAAACAGUACUUCGAAAUCUUCACUUAGGCGUCUGUUGUUAGUUCUUGAUUAUACGUUGGAUGUGUGAAAUGUUUGGAUCAGCAAUAUAUUCUGAGAGAAAUGGAGCAGAACAAGAAAAAGGUAUCGAAGGGACUAUUGCAGAGUGAUGACUUGUAUCAGUAUAUCUUGGAGACUAGCGUGUAUCCGCGUGAACCGGAGCUUCUCAAGGAGCUGAGAGAGGCCACUGCCAGCCACCCCGAGGCUGGGAUGGCUACUGCACCAGAUGCAGGUCAGUUAAUGACCAUGCUAUUGAAGUUAGUAGAUGCAAAGAAGACGAUUGAAGUAGGAGUUUUUACCGGAUACUCUCUUCUCCUCACUGCUCUUACAACUCCUGAGGAUGGCAAGAUUGUCGCCAUAGAUGUAGAUCGUGAGCCAUAUGAUCAAAUAGGAUUUCCAAUCAUAAAGAAAGCUGGUGUUGAGCACAAAAUUGACCUCAUUGAAUCUGAGGCCGUGCCAGUUCUUGAUAAGCUAUUGGAACAACAUGAAAAUGAAGGAAGUUUUGACUUUGCUUUUGUCGAUGCGGACAAGGUUAACUACUGGAAUUACCAUGAGAGACUAAUGAAACUGCUGAAGGUGGGAGGUAUAGCUGUGUAUGAUAACACUCUUUGGGGAGGGACAGUUGUAAUGCCUGUUGAGUCGACUCCGGAAUGGAAGAAACCAAGCAGACAGUCUAUUAUGGAGCUCAAUAAGUUGCUCGCUGCUGAUACUCGUGUCCAAAUUUCGCAUGCUGCUUUGGGUGAUGGGAUCACAGUUUGUAGGCGACUGUACUGAUUUCUUCCUGAAAGUGAUCGAAAACCUACAUGUAAAGCUUGAUGUAGUAUUUUGACUAUUUUCACAUGCUUUCGAUUUUCAAGUUUUUCUGAAGCCAAAAUUUUAAUGAAAUAAAUAUAUAUUGCUGGUGU